UCCGUGGGCUGGGUUCCUCAGUGCCAUCCCCGCCCUCCUCUGGAUCGUUGGUGCGUGGAGCCUAGAGCCAGUCGCGCUUCCGCCACAGAUUGGACUGCCGAGCUGCUCGUUUUCCCACGGCUCACUCGAGCGUGUGCGCACCUCAGCGGCUCUCCAAGGAAAGCGGACUAAAGUUGUUUCGGUCAUUUUGAGGGGUCCACUUCGGCAAAGGGAGCCGCUGAUACACCCGUCAGCCGCCCCGCUCCAUCCUCCUGCAGAGGCUUUGUGGUGCCAUGAUGAAGAAAGUUGGGGGAGUUAUUCUCUUCUGCCUGCUGCUAUUAUGCAUCCAGCUUGCAGCAGGAAAUGGUAUCAGCCGACCAGGGAAACCUACACUUACCAGAUGUCGCUCCCCAGAAAAAGAGACCUUCACCUGCUGGUGGGAGCCAGGCCCUGAAUUCGGCCUUAAAACCACCUACGCCUUGUACUACCGCAAAGAAAACUCUGAGGUGGUGUACGAGUGUCCCGACUACAAAACGGCCGGCGUGAACUCCUGCUUCUUCAGCAAGAACGACACGUCCAUCUGGGUGAACUACAACAUCACUGUUGUGGCCACCAACGAGUACGGAAAGACGUCUUCCGAUCCUGUUGACAUAGAUGUCGUCUACAUCGUCAUGCCCAAUCCUCCGGAGAACGUGACAGCGAGUGUCAUGGCGGACAAAGACUGGCCCUUCCUUCGAGUGUCAUGGGAACCCCCCAAAAAGGCGGACACCCGCUCGGGUUGGAUCACUCUCAUCUACGAGGUCCGAAUCAAGAUGGAGAACGAGGACAACUGGGAGAAGCACCUUGCAGGCCAGCAGAGGGUAUUCAACAUUUUCAGCCUGAGGUCAGGUGGUAAAUAUCACAUCCAGGUUCGCUGCAAACCUGAUCAUGGCUUCUGGAGUGAAUGGAGCCCCUCAGUGGACGUCACAGUUCCUGAGUAUUUACCACGAGAAAAGUCAAUGUGGAUCCUCUUCGUAGUCUUUUUACCCUUCGUCAUCUUCAUCAUCACCUGGCUGAUGUACUUGAAUAUUCACAGUCUGAAGUACUGCCUACUGCCACCGGUGCCAGGACCUAAAAUCAAAGGAUUUGAUAAACACCUUCUCAAGAACGGCAAGUCUGGGGACAUCUUCAGCACGCUGAUGGUGUCGGAUUUCCCCCCGACCACAUCCAGCUAUGAGAACUUUCUUGAGGAAUACCUAGAGGUGUAUGUUCCAGAGGAGCGAGAACUAAUCAUGGAGGGAGGCAAAGAUCCUCAGGAUGAUAGUCUCAAAUCUGAGAACUCCACGUGUGACAAUGACUCUGGCCGGGGCAGCUGUGACAGCCACACCCUGCUCAUUGACAAGGGUGGAGGUGACAAAGAAGAUGAGCUGCAGUCGGAUCAGGAGGGUGGUCCGGCUGAGACGGAUGCAAAAACCCACGAGGAAGACUUGGAGUAUGAAAAUGUGCACAGCCCUGAUAUUUCCAACGAGAAAGUGAAGAGUUGGCCCUCUUUGUGUUCUCCACUGCCCCAGUACAGCCUAUGCCUGGUGAAUCAACCAAACCCCCCUGAGAUGAGGAAACCCUGCCUUUCUGACAGCAUGUCCACCCCAGACUCCCUGCCAUCUUACUUCAUUCAGCCUGCCUCCGGUGCCAAAAACGACUUUAGAUCAAAUUACUGGGAGUCUAACUUCAACCACAAGCCAUCUCAUCCACUCCAUACCCAGACGACGGCCCAUGAGCACCUCCUGGCCCAGAGUGACAUCAGCACGGCCUGCAUCGACCGCACGGGAGCACCCUCGGGUGUGCAUGCGCCCAGCGUCAGGCCCAAUGAAUAUGUCGAAGUCCAGAGGGUCAGUGAUGAGAAUAUGGUUCUUCUUCACCCCGUUUCCUCGGGCCAAGAAAACAGCUUUACCGUGAGGCGCCAAACUGAGGACUACAGCAGGGUGAGGACACUGAACAAUGGCAACGGGCUUCUUCUGCUUCAGAGAGAGGCCGUGGAGCAAGAGACGGACAUGUGCCCGAAUGAAGAAGAAGCAGAUGGCAGAGCAACAUCCACUGGCAGCACAGCGCCCGUCACUCCCGCGUCGCAGAAGUCUAUGGCCGGCGUUAGCGCCGCCCUUCCAAUGCUGGACGAAAGGGCAGCCAGUGGUUACGUUGACACGGCCACCAUGUUCGGCCUGUCCACUUACUAGGGCGCUGCGGAUAUUCAGCUGGCAGCCGCCGGACAAUGCAAGCGGCUCACUUUUAAGAUUAGAAAGGGACAGGACGAGAAAAACCACACUGAACCUGAAUGCAUUUUUCAAAAAAAAAAAAAAAUGGCUGCAAAGACACUAUUUUGCUCUCAUUGAAAUUUGUAUUUUCCCUUUCCCUCCAAGGUAAAAACACUGAUCUUUAAGAGACAUAAAUGUUUCGGAUGAUUACCGGUAUAAUCUUUAUUUAGAUACGAUUUAAUAAGAUUCAGAGAGAAUAAAAUUUGUAUCAGUUUAUGAGGUACUACAUGUUUGUGCUUUGAUUAUGUUGUAAACUCUUAACUCGAUCUUAAGGCUGCUGUUGUAUAAUAUACUAUACAAACAUGACAAAAAAUAGAAAAAAAAAAUAACAUUUGACCCAAUGGGGUUUCUCGGUCAUUCCUCCUUGUACAGGCCCAGUUGCUGCCUGUCAGUGCAAAUCAAUGCAAUGUUUAUCUGUUUUCUGUUAUUUUCUUUGCUGAUGUUAAGUAAUCUGAACCUCAUGAGAACAUCCCCUUGGUGCACGGAGGCGUUAAGGAAUCAUUAGAUGGAUAUAAAAAUGCCACCAGCUCUCAACACAGAUAAGGAGCAGUAGGAAGGUUUUUGCAGACAUGUUAAAACAUUUCUAUUGAAACAUCAUAAAAAUGCUAUAAGAGGGAACGCCACUUUCAGAUAUAAAGAGAGACUUAUUCUAUGAUACUCUAUUUAGUUUUUUAUAUAUGUUUCAACAUUGUGUGUAUGUGUGCGUGUGUGUGUGUUUGUGAGAGCCUGAGUGUGUUUAAAUGUUUAACGAAAGAUAAAAUAAAAAACAAGCGAGGAUUUUUUUAGCUAUUUUUCAUUCAGAGAAGAAUUGUUAUGUGCAUACCUUUACUGAGUCACAGAAAACUAUAAAGAUGUGAUGUUUUUGAUGGGAAAAUUGUGUCAGAACAGUUGGAUCUGCCUGUAAAACACAGUGCUGUCUUUGUGCAUUCAGAUGUACACAUAUAUAGCUACACCCAUGGUGAACAUAUUUGCAAUGCGGAAGAAACGGGCAGCAGAAUAUUUUUGAAAGCUUGCUUUAAAAAUCCAGUUUAUAAUAAAUGUACUUUAAAUGUU